GAAGUUACCACCAUCACAACUCUCCACAAAACAAGAAAACUACUCAAAGCUUUCAGGAUCUUAAGUAAAACUCUCUCUUCAUCAUCUUAAAUAAAAUAUCAUGGCUAUCCGUGUACCUCGUAUAAUCAAGAAGUCAUCGACAUCCUUGGAUGUUCCCAAGGGACAUUUUGCUGUUUAUGUUGGGGAGAAGCAGAAGAAGAGAUUUGUAAUCCCCAUAUCAUACUUGAGUCAGCCUUCAUUUCAAGACUUGCUAAGUCAAGCAGAGGAAGAAUUUGGCUUCGAUCAUCCAAUGGGUGGUGUCACAAUUCCAUGCAGCGAGGACAUCUUCAUCGACAUCACUUCUCGGUUUAAGAUUUAAAAAUAUAGUUCGAAAUUAUUUUUCCUUUUUAUAGGUCUCACAAUUUUGUAUACAAAAACAGGAGAUCCAUUUUGUACAGUUAGAUUAGUUAGAAGUGAGUCUUAGCACCACAAACUUUGGUGCUUUUUUACUCACAAAGACAAUACUUCAAAGAAUACAGAUACCACAUUUGUUUCUCUCACGAAAAUGUUUGAAGAUAAAUUUAUCUUACUGUGCUGAAACCAUUCAACUUAUA